AUGUACCGGGCAAAGAGGCUAGCCUGUAGACGCGACCGCUUCGACGAUGACGAUGAUGACAACGACAGAAGAAAUCGUCGUGAUAGACGAAAUGGUCGUGAUCGACGAAACGACAAUCGCCGGGACGAUGAUCGGCAAGAUGAUGAUCGAAACGAUGAUGACCGGCUUGAUGGCGACCGUUACGAACGACAAGUACAACGCACUCGGACAGACAAUAGGUUCGAUAAUGAUCGCAAUGACGGCGCCAGGCGUUGUCGUCGUGGUUGCGGCAUUGCGAGGGAAAGGCGUGACAAUAAUGAUGAUAGACAAGAUGACGACCGGCGAGAUAAAAACGUUAAAAGAACCAGAUACGAUAACGACCGAAGAAACAAAAAUAGAUACGACAAUGAUCGCACUGACGACGACAGACGAGACAAUGAUCGAACAGACGAUGACCGACGAGAAAACAGGUACAGAUACAACAACGACAAUGACAGAUACGAUGACGAUCGAAGGGAUGACGACAGACGAUAUGACGAUAGAUACGAUGAUGACAGACAAGACGAUGACAGACGAGACGAUGAUAGACGUGACAACGACCGGCGAAACAGAUAUAAUAACGACCGAUACGACGACCGACAAGACGAUGAUCGAAGAGACAAUGACAGACGUAAUAGAUAUGAUAACGACAGAAACGACAACGACAGACAAGACGACGACCGACGGGACAAUGAUCGACGCAACAAAUAUGAUAACGACCGGUACGAUGACGAUAGAUUUGACAACGACAGACUCGACAACGACAGGCGAGACAAUGACAGACUUAACAGGUACGACAACGAUCGAAACGAUGACAGGCUAGACAAUGACAGACGCACGAACGACAGACGCAGCAGAUACAACAAUGACAGGCGAGACCGACGGAACAGAAACAACAACCGAAGAGAUGAUGUCAGGACGAACGAUGAUCGGCGAGAUGACGAUAGAAAUGAUGACGACCGUAACGAUGAUGAUCGAAAUGACGACGACAGACGCGACGACGACCGGCGUGAUGACAACAGGCGUAAUGAUAACAGGCGCAAUGAUAACAGACGAACUAGGAGAGACCGGCAAGCUAAACGUGAGCGACUCGACAAUGACAGGAGGAAUCGACAAGAUGAUGACAGGCGGGACAAUGAUAGAUUGAACCGGCGUGAUAAUGACAGGCGGGAUAAUGAUAGAGGGAACCGAAGAGAUGACGAUAGGCGGGACAAUGAUAGAUUUAACCGACGAGAUGACGACAGGAGGGAUAAUGAUAAUGAUAGAAGGGACCGCAACGAUGACAGGAGGGAUAAUGAUAAUGACCGAAGGGAUAAUGAUGAUGACAGGAGGGAUAAUAACGAUGACAGGAGGGAUAAUAACGAUGACAGGAGGGAUAAUAACGAUGACAGGAGGGAUAAUAAUGAUGACAGGAGGGACCGCAACGAUGACAGGAGAGACAAUGAUAAUGAUAGAAGAGACCGCAAUGAUGACAGAAGAGAUCUAGAUAAUAGGCGAGAUGAUAACAGGCGAGACCGGCGUGAUAACCGAAAUGACGAUCGUGAAGACGACGACGAUGAUAACGACAACGCACUAAGGGUACCACCGUCGAGCUAUUCAAGAACUUCGGGAGUUCAUGAUUUAGGCGUAAGUCAACGAAACAAUUCUAAAUAA